AAAAUCAUAAGGACACGAGACAACCAACGAUUUGUCCUCCCAAAUCGCAGAGGUCAGAACUCCAAACCAGCGUCCUCCGGUUCCCAAAUUAGGGUUUACAAAUCUUUUUCAAAACCCUAAUUCGAUCUCAUUCCCCAAUCUUCCUGAUUGUGCCAUCUCGUACUCAUCCUACCCACCAAAUAUCACAUGAUCACAUCCCAACCGAAUCAUAAGUUUGCUCAAAUUCAUCAGGAAAGACCUCGCUUUCCCCUUAUCGUUGCAAAUUUAUUUACAGUGUAAUUCGUCAUGGACGUGGACGGUGGAAGACGAAUCUUCAACAGGCUUGGGUCGUCCUCUUCGACUGAUAACGGCAAUAAUCAUCAUAAUAAUAAGCAACAGAAGGUGUGUUUUCAUUGGAGACAAGGAAAGUGCACGAGAUUUCCCUGCCCAUUUCUGCACAGCGAACUACCAACGGCGGCUAAUGGUAAGAGGGCCCAUCAGGGGUUUGGACAGGAAGAUAAUUAUCGUGGAGGUGGAGGAUUGAGGAGGAGCGGGAACUAUAAUUUUAGUAAUAACAAUAGUUGGGGGAGGGUGCAGUCGAAGCAGCCUGUUAGUAGGUCCGUUGUGAAGAAGAUUGAGAAAUUGUGUAAUCACUGGGUACAAGGGAGCUGUAAAUUCGGAGAUGCCUGUAAAUACUUGCAUCAAUGGUCUACAGCGGAUUGCUUUUCAAUGUUGACGAUGCUUGAAGGGCACCAACAGGUUGUGACUGGGAUUGCUCUGCCUUUGGGGUCUGAUAAGCUUUACACCGGUAGUCAAGACGAGACUGUCAAAGUUUGGGACUGUCAAUCUGGUCAGAACUCGAGAUGUUUGCUUUCAGCCUCAGUGAAUGUGGGAGGUUCAGUAGGCUGUAUGCUAAGUGAAGGACCAUGGGUAUUCGUGGGUUUGACAAAUCUUGUCAAGGCAUGGAAUAUUCAAACAUCUACAGAUCUCAGUUUAAAUGGACCUGUUGGACAAGUAUAUUCCCUUGUUGUUGGCAAUGAUAUGCUCUUUGCUGGUACACAGGAUGGGACAAUAUUGGCAUGGAAAUUCAAUGUAGCUGCUAAUUGCUUUGAACCAGCUGCAUCACUCAAGGGCCAUACUCUUGCUGUUGUGACACUAGUGGUCGGAGGUAACAGAGUGUACUCUGGUUCAAUGGACCACUCUGUUAGAGUAUGGAGCCUGGAAACCUUGCAGUGUAUUCAAACUUUAUCUGGGCAUACAGAUGUUGUGAUGUCUGUUUUGUGUUGGGAUCAGUUCCUUAUAACGGCUUCAUUGGACAAAACUAUUAAGGUUUGGGCUGCAACCGAGGCUGGUAACUUGGAAGUCACAUAUACCCACAGUGAGGAACAUGGCGUGCUCACUCUGUGUGGGAUGCACGAUUCAGAAGUCAAACCUGUGUUGUUUUGUUCGUGCAAUGACAAUACAAUACGAGUCUAUGAUUUGCCAUCAUUUUCUGAGAGGGGGAAAAUCUUGUCAAAGAAAGAGAUUCGGUCCGUACAGGUAGGCCCUGGUGGUUUAUUUUUCACUGGCGAUGGUUUGGGUAUAGUCAGAGUAUGGAAGUGGUCAGCAGAACAAACCACCGCAUGAUGGAGAUAAUACGAGUUAUAGUAACGAUAUAGCCCUUUUUUUUUUUUAUCCCUGAUUUUAUUGUCACCUAAAGGUAUAUGAGAAAAUACGAAUUUGCUUCGUGGGGACUCUGCUUAGUGUCUGAAUGAGCCUGCUUUGUAAUGCAAUCAUGGUUGGUGAUUGGUGUCUAAUUGAGGUAAUUUCUUGUGUAUUUUUCAGCCAUUGGAUGGUCUUGUAAUAAAUUUUCUAUGUUGUGUACUUCCAAUAUGUAGUAAUGUUCGCUUGACUUAAUACUAUAUUAAAACGAUUUUUUGCUAUAGA